AAUCCCUACCGAGUUUGCAUGCAGCCGCAGUCAUAGUUGCACAUUUUCAUCUUGUGCAGAAAAUAUUGAUUAUCGAUCGAGUGCCUGGACUGUGCAAUCGAGUGCAAUGGUAAUUACCAAGGAAAGUCUUUCGGAUAUUCGGGAAGAGUUCGAGAAGGCACAUAAAAAGAUCGACGAGGAUAGCAAAAAUGAUCCACCGACCGAACCGUUCCGAUCGCAUUACGACGCUAGGGAUAUUCUGCAGCAUGUACAGCGGAAACUGAAGGACCUGCUGGAAGUGCUUGACGUCGGUACGGACGCUGCACUUACGGUACGUUGCAUAUUGGCGAAUGUACUGAAGGAUAUUGGUCGAAUUUUCAUCUUCACCGAAGAGCUAACCAACGGAGAGUUAACACUAAAAGAAGCUCUAGAAUUGCUGCAAGAAGAUAAUGAAAAAUCGCAAGCUGUUAAUGCUUAUAUAGAAAUACUCAAUCAACUCGGAAUUCUGUACUGCAACUGGGGAAACUUUGAAGAUUCCAAGCGGUACUUGGACCAGGCAAAGGAAGCGUAUGAACAAGGCAAGUUUCGCCAAAUUGAACCAUUGACAAUAACAGAUCUAUUUGGGACGAAAGAUGAAAUCGAAAAAGGAAAAGGAUCGGAGUUACUGGAGAAGAAUCAUACUCUUACUUUGUACUAUCUUGCACAGGUUUAUGGCUAUCUGGAAGAUCUGGUUAAGUCGGCUCAUUAUUGUCAUCUCACACUGAAGCGCCAGCUUGACUACGAAGACUAUGAACAUGUGGAUUGGGCGCUGAAUGCCGCUACCCUUUCGCAAUACUAUUUUCCGAAGAACCAUCUAAGUCAGGCGAGACAUUUGUUGGCCGCUGCCUCAUACAUGUUGGAUCGUUACGAGGAAAAAGUGAUUCCGAUGGAAACUAAUUCGAGUGCUAGAGCGGAAAAAGUUGAAACCCAUCGACAUCGUUCAGCGGAUAUUGCGCGUUGCUGGGCGAAGUACGGUAUCCACAUUCUGACUGCCUCGAAAGAACGUUUGUGUAGAGAUGAUGACGACAAUGAGCGUGAAUCGAAACCGCAGGCGACAGAUGGUUUAAGCCCAAUCCGAGAUAUUGAUCGAUUCAUUGGACUGGAGGGUUUAUCGGUUUACGAGGAUCAAAUAACAGACGAGUUUUGUUUGACCUUGGAAGAUGCGAAGCUUGUAAUGUUGAACGGUUUGUCGUGGUUAAAUAAAGCCAAGGAAUAUUACACCAAAGAAACGGAAGCUUCACAGUAUGCCAAGAUUGUUCAGGACAUUGCUUCCUUGUAUAAAGUGCUGGCGUUUUUCGACGACAACGAAGAUAACCAAUGUAAAUUGUAUAAGAGGUGUAUCGAUCAACUGGAGGAAUUGGAUCAAAUAUUGAACGCUACUUACUAUCAAAUUAUUUGCAAAGAAAUUUGGUACGAGCUGGGUCUGACCUAUUCCAAAAUCUUGGACGUUAAAUUAACGAAGCUUGAAACAAUGGGCCCCGAUGAGAGGCCUACCCCUCAUGCUCUCAACAAAAUCAACAAAUUGUGCGAAAACAGUAUCGGAAAGUUUCACAAAUUUCUCGAAUCGUACAAGGUACCGCUCGGUACACUCGAGAUUCCAUCCGGGAUCGACGAGUCCGAACUGCAGCCUAUUUUGUUCGCUUACUUCCAUAUCGGUCGGCUGUAUUACAAAGUGAUUACCCCCGACAAACGGCUUCAGCUGGCCAAUGUGAAAAACAGUUUCCGGUACUAUCACAACUUUGUGAAGCACUGCGAACGGUUCGAGGCCGUCGCUGCCCACUUCAAGGCGGAAAUGGGAGUGUGCAAGGAAAUGAAUACGCUACUACCGUUAAAAAUUAAAAAACUGAUGAAUGAGUUGAACGAAUAAAAUAGGUUUCGUUUGUCGUUUAAGAUCGAAA